AUGCAGGUAGUGCUGCCCAGUGAGCUGCAGACCCAGAUCCUCUUGCUCGCAUGCCGGGCGGACGAAGAGGAUGCCAAACCCAUAUCUUCUUUGCACCAGAUCCUUGAGUCGCUGGACCCGCCGGGGUUUGAGCCUGUGAGCAGGACCUGGGCGCUGACGUACGACCCAAUGGCCUUGCAGCAGCUCAUGGUGCUCAACCGCGCAUUUUACGCGAUUGGCGCUACUUUACUUUACCGAUCCAUUGCCAUAUACCGACCUUCCCAACUUUCUCUUCUUCUACGCACACUUGCCGAGCGGCCUAUCCUCGGGAAAAGCAUAAAGCACUUGUACAUUGGCGCUGUGAAUCUCGCGUCAGAGCGGCUCAUGCACAAUCUCGCAGCAGGGUUCGCCUCCUAUGAGCAGGCUUUUGGAAUCGAGACAGACGUACAACGCGUACGUACCUACCAUGCAUGCACGUCAAAAGGCUCUUUGCUGCCCCAUGCCAUGGAGCUGGAUAUGGCCGAAGUGCUGGCCAUCCAAGCCGGGCCUGCUGAGGCACAGGGUAUCGAUAUUCGGCAUCCGCGCAUGGAUCUACACGGAGACACCAUUUCGCUGCAUGAAUGGGUACUGCGCCUGUACGAAGCUCGCGCCUGCUUGCAUUGGCUGCGUAUGCUGGUACGGGACGAACGUGCGAGAGAGCUGCGCCGCUGGCACGCUUCGCCAUACAAUGUUGAGGCACGAACGUACACCUUACGAGCUGGAUCACCACAUGCUAUGGCACAUGUUGACUCAUUUGAGCACCAUGGUGUAGAUACCUCGGACCCAUUUAGUCCACGUCCGCUUCAUUUACGUCGUGCUGGCACACGACACGAUCCAAUGGAUUGGGCGGAUGCAGGUGAUAUACUGUUUUCUCUUCCUGCCUCGGAUGACGAUGUCCAUAUUACCUUGGUGUGGCAUGUACUUCAAGAGUUGGACACAGACAUACUUCCCCGAUGGCUCUCCGUGCUCGUCGCCAAGGCACUGGCAUACGGCCGCUGGCUGGCGAUGGACAUGGUGCGUGAACACACACCAACACCAGAUGUGAAUGCGUCCGAUCUGGCACCUUUGCCACCGGCUUGGCCUUUCUUCGCAAGAGAUCGAUUUGAUGACAUAUGUUUGUACGCCCACUCUGGUGUUGUUCACUGGGUCUGCCUUACAGAUGGUGAAGAGCCCGUGAUAGAUGAGGCGGAUGCGAAUGUAUGGGCCUCGACCGGCCGGCAUGGCGAGCAGGCUAUUUGGGAGAGCUGGCCACGCUUCCCUUUUGGUAUAUCCAUGGCUCAAUGGCAAGUACCUUUGCGUGGAUCCACGGCACUGCCAUAUGUGCCAUCACCACCCCAGCACACGCUUGGCGGUCUUGUACAGUCGGUUCAGGCAUUGCUUGGCAUGACACCUGAGCUUGAAGUUCUGGGCCUUAGCGGUGUGCUGGAACGUGCCGUGGCUGGGCACCGUGCAUCUGUAGCCCUCCCUCGACUACGUUGGCUUUCGGUGGGACCACCGCCACCGUUCUGGGCGCAUGCCCUACAAUGGGGAGACGCGUCGCAUACCCUCUUGACGACCCUACGACACAUUUCCGUGACAGGGUGCAUGUUGCUCGGCGAUGAAGCACGUGCAUUGGGCGGUGUAGCAGGCACAUUACCUCACCUCACUUCUGUGACGUGGUCCAUGCACCUAGGAGCAAUGGAUCAUGGCGGCGUUGGCGUCAUUGCUGCCAUGGCCAUUAUUCUUGGGGUCGAGAUUCCUGGUGUCGUUCCUGCGCCACCAGCAAAUCUCCCACGCCGAGGUGUACAGCGUCUACACAUGAUUCUUACACAAAGAGACUAUGAUCGCAUCCAGGCGACGGCACCGCCGUACCUACUCGAAGAUACGCGCCUGCACAUGGAAAUCAGCACAGCCAAAGGGCCGAUACACCCUAUCGUACACGAAUGGGCCUGUCAGACACUUUUCACAUGA